CCGCAGACGGAGCGAGGCGGCGGCGGCGGCGGGGCGGCGCAGGGCGCGGGGCGGCAUGGCCACCACCGCGCAGUAUCUGCCGCGGGGCCCCGGCGGCGGAGCUGGGGGCACGGGGCCGCUCAUGCAUCCCGAUGCCGCCGCGGCGGCGGCAGCGGCGGCGGCGGCCGAGCGGCUGCACGCGGGGGCCGCGUACCGCGAAGUGCAGAAGCUGAUGCACCACGAGUGGCUGGGCGCGGGCGCGGGCCACCCCGUGGGCCUAGCGCACCCUCAAUGGCUACCCACGGGAGGAGGCGGCGGCGGCGACUGGGCAGGCGGCCCGCACCUGGAACACGGCAAGGCAGGCGGUGGCGGUACCGGCCGAGCUGACGACGGCGGCGGUGGCGGCGGUUUCCACGCCCGCCUGGUGCACCAAGGGGCGGCCCACGCGGGCGCGGCAUGGGCACAAGGCGGCACAGCGCACCACUUGGGCCCCGCCAUGUCGCCGUCGCCCGGGGCCGGCGGGGGUCACCAGCCCCAGCCGCUCGGGCUGUACGCUCAGGCGGCCUACCCCGGUGGCGGCGGCGGCGGCCUGGCCGGGAUGCUGGCGGCGGGAGGCGGCGGCGCGGGACCCGGCCUGCACCACGCACUGCACGAGGACGGCCACGAGGCACAGCUGGAGCCGUCGCCACCACCGCACCUGGGCGCACACGGACACGCACACGGACAUGCACACGCGGGCGGCCUGCACGCGGCGGCGGCGCACCUGCACCCGGGCGCGGGCGGUGGUGGCUCGUCGGUGGGCGAGCACUCGGACGAGGAUGCGCCCAGCUCCGACGACCUGGAGCAGUUCGCCAAGCAGUUCAAGCAACGACGCAUCAAGCUGGGCUUCACCCAGGCCGACGUGGGACUGGCGCUGGGCACCCUCUACGGUAACGUGUUCUCGCAGACCACCAUCUGCCGUUUCGAGGCCCUGCAGCUGAGCUUCAAGAACAUGUGCAAGCUCAAGCCGCUGCUCAACAAGUGGCUGGAGGAGACCGACUCGUCCAGUGGCAGCCCCACCAACCUGGACAAGAUCGCGGCGCAGGGCCGCAAGCGCAAGAAGCGCACGUCCAUCGAGGUGGGUGUCAAAGGCGCGCUCGAGAGCCACUUUCUCAAGUGUCCUAAGCCGUCUGCGCACGAGAUCACCGGCCUGGCCGACAGCCUGCAACUGGAGAAGGAGGUGGUGCGUGUCUGGUUCUGCAACCGGCGGCAGAAGGAGAAGCGCAUGACCCCCGCGGCCGGCGCGGGCCACCCGCCCAUGGACGACGUUUAUGCGCCUGGGGAGCUGGGGCCUGGCGGGGGCAGCGCGUCGCCACCUUCUGCGCCCCCGCCACCCCCGCCGGCCGCGCUGCACCACCACCACCACCACACACUGCCCGGCUCUGUGCAGUGACCCUGCGGACUGGGUUCCCCGCCGGCGCAGCGGUGCCUCUGGCGCGCAGUCAGCGCGCGCGGCCUGGACUCUUUUUGUUGUUUAUUCGGUUUUGCUUUGGAUUUUACAAAAAGGAAAAA